CUGCCUCUAUCAGCCUAGGGCGUAUUCACAUUGCAAACUUGAUUUUCCAUCGUCUCUUUUUCUGCUAGCCUGUGAAACAUGGAUGGCCUAUGGGCAGACGUGCCGCUUCCCCAGGAGGCCCAGAGCAUACCUGACCAGGACCACCACUUGGCCGACGUCGACCUCGCCCAGUAUGGGACGCCCGGGAACCUAAGCGGAAGCAGUUGGGUGGGCACGUAUGCGGCCUUCCCGACCCAGACCGACAUCGAGCUGCCUCCGAGCGACUAUUCCUUACUAGACAAUCCCAUAUCGGCCAUCCCUCAUGGCGACUACUAUCAAGCAUGUCCACCCCAAGGAUAUGGAAUGCCUUGGCACACCUCAAGCCCGACUGAGACCCCGAACCAGCCUCUUCUCAGCCUGACUGACUGGAUGCUCCCCCAAAAUCCCCCGAACUACCUCGGCCCCUCUCCGCUCGCGGUGACCAGCAUUAGUCAAAUCAGUGACCCCCUAGCCCCUAAUCCUAUCACAACGGCUUCCGCAGUGCCACCAAGCCUGCCUCUCGCAACCGAACCAUCAAUUCCCGGCUUCUCAGGAACAUCUUUAGUCCCUAGACUAAGCCCACCUAGGUCUCAUAUACACAGUGAGCUCAUAGCUCCGAACACUUCUCAUCCAGCAAGCCGUGGGACGAGCUCCAAAGCACCUCGAGCGUCUCAAACAAAAGUGACAAAGAGCUCCGGGCGUGUACCGGACACAUUGCGCGUCCUCAAGGCCAAAAAAGGAGGUCAAAGUUGUUCCAACGCCACCGCAAAGCACACGUGGCCAGAGCGCGUCAUCCAUCUCUACCUCUACCGGGGCCACACGGCUAAGGAGGUGGCGUUUGAGAUGUUGGCAAUACAUGGUAUCGACGUCGGCAAGGAGAAAACGUUUGGACAAAGACUUGCCAAGCUCGGAAAGAACAAAACAGACAGCAAAAGUUUUCCUGGCGGACAGAUCACGGAUCCGGUCAGAAGACGCAAUGCUCAAAAACUACCAAACAAGCCGACACGCCGCUUUUCGAAGGAAAUCUUCGGGAUAGUUACCGAGACUGCAAGGGCAGAUAAGGUCAAAGCACGGGUCGAAGACAUGUGCACACGCGGGGAGUUGAAAGACGGUCGGACCAGGGCGGACCUCGACCGGAGGCUCAAAUCGAAACGACAGUCCUUCUCGGCUAGCGAGAUGGAGCUAAGAAACUCGGCCAUGAAAAGGCUCGGCAGGGGCGACCAGCUAGAGAAGCAAUUGGGUCGUCGGCGUCGAACCGCCCCCACCCCAAGGCUUUUGUCUCCAGCAGUCUACGCUCACCAGGAAACCCUUUUCCACGCCAUCGACGGCUUCGUCAAGGGAACCUUUGCGGGCGGCAAGAAGCAGAGAUGGACAGCCGCCACGCGACAGUUCGAGCCUCCCGCCGGAACCACGAGCCCGCCGGGAGCCUGGCAGGCCAUAUCAGGCCGCUGCUCCAGCCUUGCUGUCGUGGCCGGCGCCGAGAUAUACGACCGCGCCGAUUUAGUGUUUCGUCGCAUCUUUGAUGGCCUGCAAGCCGCUGCGCAGUCGCGGGAUCCCAACUUCCUCCUGCAUUUUUGGACUAUCUGCCACAUUCUGGCAAACACCACCCUGCCGUCCCAGCGGAGAGCCACCGAGUUUCUGUACCUGAAACUCUUUCUCCUCGGGUUCCGAUCCGCCCUGCCAGCGGGCUCCCCCUUUUUCGACAUGCUGGACGCGCUGCUCUGCGUUGUCAUCCACUCGUCAAAGGACACAAAGCCAACGCUCGCUCUGUCGUGCUGGAAGGCCACGCACGUUCUGGGCAGCAUCAUCGGGGAGGAGCACGCCCUCGUCCUGAACAUGGGCGCGCAGUGCACCAAGACCUGGAAAAGCAAGUUCACCGUCUCCCAGGAGACCGUCGAGGGGCUCUACGGGCCGCUCAUCGAAGGCGCCAACGGGGCCGGCGACAAGGAAGAAGAGAUCGCGAUCCUGUACGACUCCCUCCUCGCGACGUGGCGGCAGGGAUCGAGCAAGGAGCCCCCGGUCGACCAGCUGGCGCGACUGGGCGAGGUCGCCAAGGAACAAUGCCUGCGGGACCUGGCGUCCCAGGACGGCCUGCGCUUCGGCCUGGCCGCAAGGGCGCUACACUUCUCCAUGUCCAUGCAGGCGAGCCACGUCAUGGAGCUGUGGGAGGUGCCGGCCAAGCGGGCAGAGGGGGUCGUCGACCUGGCUCGGAGCUUCCGACACCUGGACGAGGCGAUCGAGGUGCUGCGCCGCGGGGACUUUGACUGCAGGGUCCACGCCCUGGGGCUGUCCCAGACGCUGAGCAAGAGGUACAGGGCCUUCUACGCCCGCGCCGACGCCUGCCAUUCUCGGGAGAGCGCGCGCAGGAAGAGCAUCUUGAAGCAUCUGCCGAAAGGUACGGUAGCACCCCGCGUCGGGAGGCAGGCGCGCUGGAUUCACACAAGACAGUACCGGAUACAGGGAAGAGACUCGCACUUCCAGAAUCUCAACAGCUCAUUGGAAGCUCAGUUACCGAUGUUUCUCGCGGCGAGGAAAGAGUAGCCGUUGAGCUUGCACACGACGGCUUUUUUUUUUCUUCGCAGACCAUAUUGCGGUUUGGCUUCUAUUACAUUACCCGUCGCUUGGGGAUACGCACGACCGAAGGAGCGUCAAGGCGGGUUAGUCAUUGUACAUCACAUCAAGACGGUAUAGGCACAAAGGUUGAUUCAAGCAACACGAGCUGCUUCGCUGGCAUAAAGAGCGGCUAUCCCAAAAGUAGGAAAACGGGUAUCGCACGAGAAAAUAAGGUGACAAUGAUGGCCCCUUAUGGUAUAUACAACAAAUAUCCGGCGUAAUCGGGGGACAAAGAGGGUCAUCUCAAAUCAUGAGGGGGUAUGUCCAAAAGUCUAAAUACAAAUUCUAAAACAUGAUAUAACAAGUGAUUUUUUUUA